AUGAUCGUUUCUCCUUCAUCGGCCUCAUCGUUGGUGAAAAGAAUUUAUGAAAUUUCGGCUCGGGCCAAACAAUUGAAAACAUUAUUGCCGGUUUCUACGAAAAUUGUGGAUUAUGAAUUGAAUGGAUUGAUGUAUCAAAUUCGAAUCGCUAUUGGAGGAUAUUUAAAAACCAGCAAUUUGGAAAAGGAAAUUGAAAAAGAACAAGAGGCUGAAGAAAAACAUGUGCCAAUACCCAAACAAGAAGAAGCACCGCUCACACAAGAUCCAUUCCGACCAACAGAUAGAACUCUCGAAGUGACAUCCGUUGAACCCUAUCAUACCAUUUUGUUGAACAAGUUUAUGGUAAUUCCAGAACACUUACUAAUAAUUACCAAUGAAUUCAUGCCUCAAACUGAACAUUUGAGUAUGCAUGAUUUUAAAUCGAUUGUCAAAACUUUUAAUCAGCUUCAUGAAGGUAAUCCAGAUGCUGAUGAUUACAUUUGCUUUUACAAUAGGGGACUCUAUUCUGGAGCUUCUCAACCUCACAAACAUAUUCAAAUCAUUCCAAGACGUGAAAGAAAUGAAGCCACAUUAGAAUGGACCACCAUCGAGAAUUUUCCAUUGCCCAAACAAUUUGACAUUCAUGUUUCCAAAUAUCCAUCAACAGUGACAAAUUUCAAAGAUUUUACAUUUCUACAUCAAAUUAGAUGUGUGAAACAUUGCUUUGAUUCCAACAAGGAUGAAGCUGCAAUUGUCGAAUCUCUCUAUGAAGUUUAUGAGUCCAUGUUGAAAGAUUUGGAAAUUCAUGAAGACAGAAAAGUCAACGACAGUGAGGAAAGAGUUUUAAAGGUACAGUGUUUGGCAGGAGAAAUUUAUGACAUUAGUCUUUGCCCAAAACGAUACCCCAGCUACAACUUGCUCUUCUCCAAAAAGUGGAUGCUUCUUGUGCCGAGAAGAAACGAAAAUUAUAUGGGAAUUUCCUGUAAUUCGUUGGCAUUCCUACAUGGCUUCUUUUGCAAGACAGACGCGCAUUGGGAACACUUAAAAUCAGAGAUCAAAAUUCCCAAGCUUUUGGAAUAUGUGACUUUCCCAUCACAUCAUGAUCAUGCAACAAGCAAAUAA